AUGCCAUUGUCAGUGUUAUUGCUGUUUUUGUUGAUGUUGUUGUUGCUGCUGCUGCUGCUGAUGUUGUUGAUAUUGUGUCCUUGGCUGAUUAGAGCAAGCGAAGGUCAACAAAUGACCUUGACUUUGAUAGAAGUUAUGACGUCACAGACAUUUCCGUCUUACAGUCUGGCCGGCGGAAAUGACGUCAGUGAGGCUGGAGAUGGUGGCGGUGUGGUCAUUCAGACGUCUGAUAAUUUUGAUGAUGGAGUGGGUGAAGUUUUACUCAUUUUAAUUAUUGAAUUUUUUUUAAAUAUUAGAAAGCAUCUCAACAGUAACCAGCCAUGCAUGAAAUAUGGUAUCGUUAAAGAAGUGGACCGUGACGAUAGUGACCACGUGACGAUUUGUGGUCUAACUACUGCCCACAAUCACUACCCAUCUAUCGCUCAGCGUCGGAGGGUUAUUUAUAAGUCUCGGGGUCAUGCCCUCGAGGUCAUAGUUCAAAGUCAUGUCCAGAGGUUCCUGUUGCAUUUUCAAGCCACAGGGUGUCCAAUAUUAGCCGCGCCGGCAAACGGAUGGGCGGAAAUGGAAAGUAGGGAUGUGCUAGUAACCGGUUGCAACAAUACGAAUAGUCGUCGAGUACAUCGGUGCGUCGGUAACACUUGGACCGAUGGUGACGUCAUCAAUUGUCCUGAGUCCCCUGGCAUCUUGUUCGUAUCAGCCAUUGGAGUUAGUCUCGGGCUUGUAAUAGGGGUCUCGCUACUAUUCAUCGUCGUCGUCUGUUUAAAACGCUACAGAGUCCCGCCCCCUCCGUCAUCGUUACGUCAUCCAGCUGUCAGCUACGAUCCGGCUAACCAAUUGGAAGACAUAUAUCAACAUCAUUACCACCAUCAACAUCUUCAGCAGCAGCAGCAGCAGCAGUCGCAGCUUGAUAGUCCGCUCUUUAGCAAUCAGCUGAUCUCACAUCAGACGGCUUUCAACCAAUCGGCUAACGGGGCAGAUUAUGGUCCGGCCAAUAGUUUAAUGUCUUUCAAACAAGCCCUGCCUACCUCGAAAUUUGAAAUGAUUCCUAUGGUCUGCUUUUUUUUAAUGUUUAACGAUUAUUAA